AUGGCCGUCCUCAGUACGCUCAUCGCCGUCGCUGGCCUUGGUGCCUUGGCCCAUGGGCAGAUCACAGUCGAUGCCAACUCCCAUCUUCAGAAGAUUGACGGCUUCGGCUUCUCCCAGGCCUUUGGCCGCGCCAAGGAGUUCCAAAACGCCCCCGCCGGGCUCCAGAAGGAGGCUCUUGAUUUGCUCUUCAGCACCACCAAGGGCGCUGGCUUUAGCAUCAUCCGCAACCGUAUUGGCUCGGGUGGAAAGGGCGACAGUAUCUUGCCUACCAGCCCCGGUUCGCCUUCGGGAAAACCUGCCUACACCUGGGACAACGACGACCGAGGACAGGUCUGGUUCACCAAGCAGGCUGUGAACUAUGGCGUCAAUCAGAUCUACGCCGACGCGUGGAGUGCCCCUGGCUUCAUGAAGACCAGUGGCAACGAGGCCACGGCUGGAUACCUCUGUGGCACGACAGGCCACACUUGCGCCUCCGGAGACUGGAGACAGGCAUACGCAAACUUCCUCGCCCAGUACGUCAAGUACUACCAGCAAUCCGGGCUCAACAUCACCCACCUCGGCUUCCUCAACGAGCCGGACUACCAACCAACCAACCACAACAGGGUUAGCUACUCCCAGAUGCAAAUCAGCACCAACGCCCAGGAAGCCAUCUCCUUCAUCCCGACCCUCUACCAGACCUUCCAGUCCGCCAACCUCAAGACCAAAAUCACCUGCUGCGAUGCCGUCGGAUGGGGCUCCACCGUCAAGUACACCAACGCCCUCGUCCCCGCCGGGAUGGAGAAGUACCUUGGCCUCAUCACCUCGCACACGUACUCGGGCGACGCGACCUCGCCGCUGAACACCAAGCUGUCCACCUGGGUCACCGAGUCCGGCAUCACAAAGGCCUUCGACACGACCUGGUACAAGAACGGCGGGCCGACGGAGGGCAUGACCUGGGCCCAGAAGAUCGCCGUCGGCAUCGUCAACGCCCGCCUGUCCGCCUACCUGUACUGGGAGGGUUUCGAGCUGAAGCAGCUCCAGUCCGACAGCCACCUGAUCGACACGCUCGACGGCAAGACGGCGACGCCGUCGUCCAACUUUUGGGCCUUCGCCAUGUGGUCGCGGUACAUCCGCCCCGGCGCGCAGCGUCUCGCGGCCUCCGGGACCGUGGCCGACGUUCUCACGGCUGCCGUCCGCAACACCGACGGUUCCGUCGUCGUCGUCUUCACCAACAACGGCGGCACCGCCCGCUCGACGUCCGUUUCGUUCCAGGGUUUCACGCCCAAGACUGCCGCUGCGUACGUCACUGACAACGACCACACUUUUGCUUCCACGCAGUCCAAGUUGUCCGGGUCGUCUGUGUCCGUGUCUGUCCCCAGCAAGGGCGUUGUUACUGUCAAGCUCACGUAG